AAUCAAGGUGAGGCCUCCUGCGGAUGCUUUUCAGUGUGUAGCGUGUGUUUUAUUUUUUUUAAGAGCAGCUUUAAAAUUCCGCAGCAUCCGCCGCAGCAUCUGCCCAGUCAGCCCCGCACAGCCGCGGGGAUUUACCGCAGUGCAUCUGCAGCGAGCAUCCUCCCGCACGGAGCCACGGAGGAGCCGCUGUGGCGCAGGAGGACCGCGGCGGACCGAGCGCAGGACUAUUCCACAUAUUCUCACGUUUCAUUGAAUUCAUUUGAAACGUGCGGCUCCCGUCCCUCACGCACCUGUUUAUCCUGCGAUGCCAAGGCGAAGGACGCAUCUCUUCUCCGAGGUCGGUAGAUAGGUGAGAUUACCAGUGUUCCCACCAGCAUCACACGGGGAGGACAUUUGGUUUGUGUGUGCUUCGAGGAGGCCUCUCAUCCAGGACUGGGAUUUCUCUACUUUUAUUUUUUCGUGCACCAUUUCCCCGCAAGAGGUAGCAAUGCAAUCCCCAUAGAAGCAUGCGUGUUAUAUAAGUAUAUGCACUGGCAUGUUGGGUGCAUUGUAGACGCGCAGGUUGGUGUUUGCUGUGCUGCACGUUAUAUAUACACACUCUCCAGCUUGUGUUUAGCUAGUCAACAUAGAGGGAGCAAUGUGGCCCCUGCAGGCAGAUGUAACGAUCCCUCUGUGCAUCUCCCGUUAGGACCUCUGGGAAGCUCAUAAUCAAAUCUCAGGGUGUUGAUCUGGGGAGCACUGCGAGUCACCAGCUACCAGAGAUAGUCUAAUGAUGCUCAUGGAUGAUUGAGAGCUGAGAAAUACCAGCGCACAGGCUUUCAGAUUCCCCCAUUGUGGGAGUAAUGGAUCAGUAUCUUAUCUGAUCUCAUCUCCACUUGAAUGCAUGAGUCCAGUGGGGGCACGUUUAUUGUCCGGAAUCAGGAAGCAGCAUUAAUCUGUGGUGAUAAUAUUCUGUAAACAACGCAGGACAGUGUCGAGCCACAGAAGGGAGACGCUGACAGAUCUCAGGCCUGCUCACAUCAUAAACACAUGUACGAGGGAGUAGCCUGGGGACACACACACAUUUAUUCUUUUGCACUUAACAUUGCAUGAGCUGCCAGGCACACACAAGUGAGGUUAGCCUGCACUUUACCGGCCUACGGCUUUUUGAAAAUCUACAGAUAAGCUCCGAAAUAUAGUUGAAGUGUCAGUCCUUGCAAACGUGGAGGUGCUCUGUGUAUAGGUGUCACUUAGAGCUUCGACAACAAUCCUCUGGGGCGUCGGUGGUUGUAGUUUUUGAGGAUCCUCGUCCAGAGAGAACCGGACAGCCGCUCCAGUGACAUGGCAGCAUCACAGCUCCUGCUCCUCUCUCUGCUCUGCACGCUGUUCGUGCACCAGAGCCAUGCGGCCUGCGCAGAGGUGGCCUCGGACACCGAGGCAGUGGCAGGCAAGGGCUUCAAGCUGGGCUGCGUCUCCUGCAAGCUGAGGAGCGAGGUGGAGAGCACAGCCGUGAUCGAAUGGUACUUCAAGCCCAAAGGAGAAGCCGACUUUUUCCCUAUCUACACGUACGGCAGUGGAAUCGCCACCAUCGAGCACGAGGACUUCAUCGACCGCGUGGACUGGAACGGCAGCAAGUCGAGCAACGACAUCCAGGAUGGAUCCAUAUACGUGCUCAACAUCACCUUCAACGACACGGGGACCUUCCGCUGCUACUUCAACCGCAUCCUCAUCUACCCCAACCACGAGUACAGCACUCUGGUCAGCAAACUGGUCCACCUCACCGUGGUGGCUAAAGCGACCAGAGGAACCGCUUCCAUCGUGUCAGAGGUCAUGAUGUACGUGACCAUCAUCGGGCUGCAGGUCUGGCUCCUCAUAGAGAUGAUUUACUGCUACAAGAAGAUCUCAGCGGCCGGGGAGGAGGCGCUACGAGAAGCGGCAAAUGCUGAAUAUUUAGCAAUAGCCUCGGAGGGUAAAGAUAACUGUGCCGGGGUGCAGGUUGGAGAAUAGCACAGGCUUCUUCCACAGACCUGAAAACAUCCUUCCACCCUCCGACCUGCAUGAAGACAAACGGGGGGAGGAGCCUCUUCGUCAUCUCAUCUCUCUAUUCGACCUUUCCCUCUGCACACAUCACAAGCGGAUGUGACAUACGACGACAGCAUGGCACCAGCACUGUAAAUAGUCUUCUGCGUGCAAUAGCAUGUCCUGCACUUAAGAGAAAGCAUUAUGCAUUAAUGAGCCACACUGUUAAAAAAGCAUAUACGACACAGUCAGUAUUUCAUGUAAUCAUCCAUUCAUAGGAAAUGUACGAGGGUCUGUGCUGGACUCCGUGAGAUGGAUUAUCAAAAGAAAGGUUUUUACGAUAUCAUCAUCACCACCUGAUGUUUAAAUAACAAGACUAUGUCCGGUGAUGUUAUUUAUAAAAUAGAAUGUGGUGGGUUAUGAUAGACGGUCUUUCCAGUUGUUAGUUGUUCAAUGAUCUCUUGAGAUGUGCUCAAUAAAAUCUGAGAAAAGGUACAAGGUGGAGAU